AUGGUUUCGCACAGCUUUGUGGCAACAAACAGUUGCAGAUGGGUUCAAGCCCAACCCCCUCGCCAUCCAAAGGUGACCCUCAGCAAGGAGGCUCGUGCAGCCAUAACUGCCCAACGUCGCAAUAAAUCCCAUCAGUUUAGGGUAGCUCUUCACAAUGCUUGGGAUGAGCUCGACGAGACUAUGAAGACCAUUGUGUCCUCACACCAUAAGAGUUUCCGUCGUGUCCAGAAUGACUUAUGCAUGGGCCGUGGGAUGUUAUGCUACCAACACUCUAAGUUGAGCGCAUGGAACACAUUCUGCUGGAAGAAGCACCAUGAAGACAAGGGAAAUGGGACCGCAGGCAAGGCUGUAUUGCAAGAUCUUGUUGGGGAUGAGAACCACGCUGAAUAUCGCAACCUCACAGAUGACGAGAAGGCACAGCUUUUGCAGGAGUACUGCGAACACAAGGAGACGAAGACUACCGGCAUCCGUAUCUCAACAAAAUCAAAAGUCAAUGAUGUAACACAGACACUCAAGGCUGUCGAGAAUGAGCUCAAGAACUUAUGGACACGUACAGGCGCUGAGAGUAUCCUCUACACCACGCAUGGCUCUACAGAUCUCCCCCUCCGUGGUAUUGCUUUUGCAACUGAAGGCGUCAAUGAGUUCAUGGGCUCUGUGAUGAAUAUCGACAACCAGGACCUUGUGAGUAAAAUGGAGGGGUUUGCUGUCCAGGGGAUGAAAGGCGCUGUGAGGAACCACCAAAAAUGCACGUCAGAUAUUCGGAGCGCAAUCCACCAGGAAAUCAAUAAGACACUUUGUUGGCCUGAAAAUGUUCCUUUUGUCAACCUUAGCACGGUAUCCAGUGCCCUACCUGAUUUGGAGAUGCUUUUGGACAAAUGGGAGACUGGAGAAAUCCAUUGGAAGCAUCUGGACGAAGAUGAGUACGAGAAACUUCGUCAAGAACGUUGUGAGAAGGUCAGCAGUGGCGAGGUCAUCAAAAAACGCUGCCAGACUUGCUCUGAUAAAGAAAAGAAGCGCGAGCAGCCUUCAGACCAUUCCAGUCACCGCAGGAAGACAUAUAAGAGCGCUCAAACUGUCAUAAGCGAUGAUGAGUCAGACAUCCCUAACAAUACAGCUUCCCAUGAGCAUACACCUGCUGGCAGCAUAUCAACAAUGCCUGAGCCCACUCCUCCCGCUGUCCCAAGUCUGGUCAUCCCCAAACUCGCAUCAUCCACUCCUCCCACUGUCCCAAGUCUGGUCAUCCCUGAGCUCGCAUCAUCCACUCCUCCCGCUGUCCCAAUCUGGUCAUCCCCAAACUCGCGUCAUCCACUCCUCCCACUGUCCCAAAUCUGGUCAUCCCCGAGCUCACAUCAUCCACUCCUCCCGCUGUCCCAAGUCUGGUCGUCCCCAAGCUCACAUCAUCCACUCCUCCCACUGUCCCAAGUCUGGUCAUCCCCGAGCUCACGUCAACAGCCGGUCUUGGAUCAUUCUUCAAUGGUGAUAUGUUUGGCAUGGACUUCUUGCCUGCAGGUCGCGGCACUGGUACAUCUGUUGACAUGA